GGGCGGCAGCUGAUAAAAAGGAAGAGCGCGCGACCUCUGCGUAGACGCUGCUCAGAGGCCAGAGAACCAUCGCCACCGCCACCGGCGCUACCACCACCACCAUCGCCAUCACCGGAUGGCAAAGGCCACUCCGGCAAUGGAGCCGGAACCCGCAGUCUACGCGGACUCCAUAGACUCCUCUCCUCGCUCGGAGCCCUACCGUUGGGAGGACGCCCCUCCCACGGCUGGCGGCAAGCUCCGCCUCAUGUGCAGCUACGGCGGCCGGAUCGUCCCCCGCCCGCACGAUAAGUGCCUCUGCUACGUCGGCGGGGAGACGCGCAUCGUCCUCGUCGACCGCCACUCUUCCCUAGCCGACCUCUCCUCCCGCCUCUCCCGCCUCCUGCUCUCCGGCAGGAGCUUCUCCCUCAAGUAUCAGCUUCCCAACGAGGACCUUGACUCCCUCAUCUCGGUCACCACCGAUGACGACCUUGAGAACAUGAUCGAUGAGUACGACCGCUGCCAGGCCUCCCCUCGGCCUUCCCGCCUCCGCCUCUUCCUUUUCCCGGCCAAACCCGACGCAGCCUCCAGCCUCGGCUCCCUCCUCGAAGACUCCAAGGCUGAGUCCUGGUUUGUCGACGCCCUCAACGGUACUGCCGGACUCCCCCGCAAUUUCUCCGACUCUGCCACCUCGGUCGAUUGCCUCCUCGGCCUCGACUCCGGCAGCGGCCACCCCGUCGACUGGGAUCGCCAGGAUUCCAUCAACGGGGAAGGCAGCGUCACCGGAAAAACCGCCAAGGCGGAGGUGCAGUCGGUGCCGGACUCGCCGAAGUUGGAGACAUCGUCGUCGUUCGGGUCGACGUCGUCCGCGCCUUCGGUAUCGAACCUGCCGCCGAUCAGGGUCAGGACGGAGGAUCCGACUGGUAGGGGCAUCUCCGCCGGUCUUGCCGGCGUGGAGGAGCAGUUCGGACAGAUGGGGCUGGGUCCGGAGGCCGUAAAGCCUCCGCCGGAGCCGGAGGUCCCGGCCAGGGACAAUCCUCCACCUCCGCCUAAAUCUAUGUACUAUCAGGACCCGGGAAGGUUUCCGGCGACCUCUCCAGGUAACCAUCCGGCUGUUGCCGAACCCAAACGAGAGCUUCCUGAUCAGAAUUACAGGGUACAGAUGCAGUACUCUACGGACCACGGGUUCCUUGUGCCGCAGGCACUUCCACCAGAGUAUCACUAUCUCCACCACCAGGCAUCGGCGGCGGCAGCCUCAAUCCCCCCACCACCCAUGCCUUCAUUCUACCAAAUUCAUCACCACCAGCCUCAGCAUCAGCAGCAGCCUCAGCAGCAACAAGUUGAUCAGCAGAUCCCCAUGUACUUCCUGCAUCCGCAAGCAUCAGCCAUGGCUAUGCGGCAGAACCAGGCCUUCAAUUUGGCGGCCUACCAGUCCGCCAUGGCGGACCCUGCAAACAAACCAAUGGUGGCUCCAUUGCCUCCACAAGGAAAAGACCCUCCCACCCUGUCAUAUACAGCAGCACCACCUCCAUCUUCCUCCUCUCGCCCUGCUCCACGUCCUGAAUUUUCCGGAAAUUUGUACAGAACAGCUGCCAGCUCUGCAGCUAUGCCGCUUGCCUCGUCCCCAUUCAUUCAUGCUCCUGACCAACAGCAGUACGCUGGUUAUCGUCAUCCUCUGCACCCAGCUGCCCACUUAGCGUACGAUUACGGCGAGCCAACACCGCACGCACAGCAGCUGUUCUACGCGCAGCACGCCAUGGAGGCAUCAACGCAGCUCCCAUCAGAUACCAAGCAAGCUAGAUCAUAGCACCUAAUGUCACUUCCUGCCACAAUUGCAUCUGUAGAAUCCUUGCUUCUACAGAGAUGAUGGAUGACCUCACAUGCGCAGCUGUUGUUAAUGUUUGGGAAUGCCUUCGUACUGUCAGGGCACAAGUUCUCACCGUUCUCUGUGUAUUGUUUAUAUUCUGGUUCUUGUGUUAAAUUUUGUGGGUUCUUCCUUGUUUUGCUAUAAUGGUCUGUUGUCAUGGCUGUAAUAGGUAUAAUAAGCAACCGCGUCCCCUUUUCUGUUUCUGCAAUUCCCUUCCUUGUGCAUCUCUCUCGCCUCUCCUCGAGUUCAGUCAAUCAGUAAAGUGCUUAUGUCAUCCCCUGUGGUGUAUUUUUCUGAUUAAUAAAGUUGAAAUACACGAGUCACUUUCUAUUA